GGCGGCGCCGUCGCCAUGGUUACCGGAAGACGCUCUGGCCACUUCCGCCCCGUCUCGGUGGUUUUGGGGCCGCUCUGGCCCGUCCCGCCCCGUCUCGGUGGUUCCUCGGCGGCCAUGGCGGCUCUGGCGGCGCUCGGGGCUCCCCCGGUCCCCGAAAUCUUCGCCACGAUGGAGGAAGGGCCGGUCCCCGGAGAGAUCAACGCGGGAGAGGCGUGGCUGCAGUCCCACGGCCGCAGCCUCGGACACUUUGUGGCCGGAUCGUGGCUGAAGCCACCGGGGAGGGUCAGUCUGACCUGUCCGGAGAGCAGCACCGGCCGGCCGCUGGCCGCAGUACCGGCCGGGGACCGCUCGGACGUGGCCGUGGCCGUGGCGGCGGCGGCGGCGGCGGCCGAGGCCUGGGCGGGGCUGGGGGGGCCCCAGCGGGGACAGCGCCUGACCCGGCUGGCGGCCGCGCUGGCCGGUGAGCGCCGCGGGGCCGUGGGGGCCCUGCUGGCUCUGGCUGGGGGGCGGCCGCUCUGCCGGACGCUCGGGGCCGACCUGGACGUGGCGCUGCGGCUGCUGCGGGCGCCGGCGGCCGCGGCCGAGCUCGGCCCACCCGGCCUGGAGGGCUGGAGCCCGCUGGGGGUGGUGGCCGUGGUCCUGGGGGGUCCCUGCUCGCUGCUGGCGCUGCUCUGGAAGUUGGGGCCGCUCCUGGCCAUGGGGAACACGGCCGUGGUGCUGUGCCCGGCGGCCGCGGCGCCGCCGCUGCUGCUGCUGGCGGAGCUGAGUGGGGAGGGGGCUGCGCUGCCCCCCGGGGUCCUCAACGUCCUCGUGGGACCCCCAGAGCUGCGCCCGGCCCUGCGCGCCCACCCCGAAAUCGCCUCUGUCACUUUCCUCGGGCUGCCCCAGGAGGAGCUGCCGGCCCUGGUUUGGGGGUCCCCGUGCCGGGGGCCGCGCCUGGGGGGUCCCCGGGGCGGCCGAGUCGUCGUCGUCGUGUUGGACUCGGCCGACCUGGACAGCGCCGCCGCCGCCCUCGCCGCCAGCGCCGCCGCGCCCCCCGCCCUGUUCCCGGUCGGGGGGUGCGUGGUGCUGGCGCAGGACGCGGUGGCGGCGGCGCUGGAGCGGCGGCUCCGGGCCCGGCUCGGGGGGCUGCGGCUCGGGGACCCCACGGACCCCACAACGGAGGUGGGGCCGCUGCCCCCCGGCACCUGCCUGCCCGAGGAGGUGGUGCAGGAGGCGCUGCAGGAGGGGGCUCAGGUUUUCCAGGUGCCGCUGCCGCCGGAGCGGGGGCAUCGCUUCUACCCCCCCACACUGAUCUCGGGGGUGGCCCCGACCUCGCGCUGCCUGCGGGACCCGACCCCUGGGCCGCUGCUGGUGCUGCUGUCCAUGCGCAGCCCCACGGAGGCCGUGGCCGUGGCCUCGGCGCUGCCCCACACCGCCGCCGCCGCCGUCUGGGCCCAGGACAUCACCGUGGCCUUGGACACGGUGGACAGGCUGCCCCAGGGGCUGGUGUGGCUCAACGCCCUGGACCUGCUGGACCCCAGCGGGGGCUGCGCCGGGGGGGCCGUGGACACUGACCUGGAUGAGGCGCUGCGAGAAUUCGGGUGCCCCCCCUGGGAACAGCCCCCCAAGGUGGAUGAGCUGCUCAGCCCACUGGUGACCGUGGAUGACCCCGGUGACCCCGAGCUGGCUCACGCCGUGGCCGCCGCCCGUGGGGCCGCCCCGGGGUGGGGGCGGCUGCCGGGAGCGGCGCGGGCCCGGGCGCUGCGGGGCGCGGCGGCGGCGCUGGCGGAGACCCCCGGGACCCCCGGGAACGGCGGCGGCGCGCACGGUGACCUGCGGGGGGCGCUGCUGCGCUGGGCGGCGCGCCUGGAGCGCGGGGGCGGGGCCAUACAGGACGUGCCCGGGGGGCGGGCGCUGCUGGCCAGGCGCCCGCUCGGAGUGGUGGGCGUGGCCUGGGGCUGGCCACGCCCACUGGCGCCGCAGCUCCUCCUCCCGCCGCUCGCGCUCGGCAACGCCGUGGUGGUCGUGGCGCCGCCUGGCGGCGACGGGCCCGCACAGCAGCUACGGAAGGCUCUGGAGGCCGCCGGGCUUCCGGGGGGUGUCCUGACGGUGCUUCCCGGGAAUUCCUGGGGCUCCGGAUCUGGCCUGGCGCGACAUCGCCCGGACGGGCUGUGGCUGUGCGGGGGGGACGCGGACUGCGACUGGGCCUCUGCCGUGAGCGUCCCCCGCGUUUGGGGGGUCCCGGCGGGACUCGUGGGGGCUCCGGGGCAGGACCCUCCCCCGGGCGCCGAGCGGGAGCUGGAGCUGCGCUGCACUCGCCCCCACUGCCUUUGGCUUCCGGGGGGCGCUCCCUGAGACGCCCCCCAGAGCCCCCCGGACCUGCGGGGAUUUCAGACCUCACACUGUGCCCCCAGCCCCGCGACCCCCACCCCAAUAAACCGCUCCGAGCCGCA